ACAAGAUAAGCUACAAAUGUGUCAAGUAUUUAAGGAAAAGCCACACACUUAAUUUGCUUGCGUUUAAAUCGCACCGUAACGGCUAAAAGUACGCUCGGUAGUGCCAAUUUUAAUGAAAGUACAUAAAUACAUAAAAUACCAAGUGGGAAUGAGAAAAGUGUAUUUUAAGGACUUUGAAUUUACUGACUUUUCCUUUUCUUCAAGGCGGUUCACUCCAUAGUGUGAAGUGAAAUAUUUAUGUAUGUAAAAUAAAGCAAGGAUAAAAAUGUCUACCACCACUACUAUUGCUGUUGAGACUACGAAGGGCAUGGCAGUCACAACCGCUGCUUCUCUGCCGUCUGGACGAAUUUUCACUUUCGGUGGCGUAGAUUAUGUUGUCUUCAGUUUGAUGUUGGCCGCUUCUGCCGCAGUUGGUAUAUACUUUGGUUUCUUUUCAAAGUCCAAAAAUACAACGGAUGAGUAUCUUAUGGGGGGMAAGCGUAUGAAAAUCAUACCAAUUGCUAUAUCUUUAAUAGCAAGCCAGUUAUCAGCCCUAUCCAUAACAUCAGUUCCUGCCGAGAGCUAUUCCUUUGGUAUCAAUCACUUCUUUAUCAUGGUAUCCAUGGGUUUCGUGGCUCCAUUGCUGUGCUACGUUAUUAUUCCAGUCUUYUAUGAAAACAACAUUUUCAACUGUUAUGAGUAUUUGGAGAAGCGUUACAACAAACGCACCCGACAGCUGGUCACGAGCACAUUUAUCUUGAAUGCUUUUCUGCUCUUACCAGUGAUUAUAUUCAUUCCCGCAUUGGCCUUUGCACAAGUGACUGGCUUGAAUAUACACGCAGUCAAUGGUGUGGUAUGCUCGAUUUGUGUUUUCUACACAAUGUUAGGUGGCAUCAAAGCGGUUGUGUGGACCGAUGUGCUGCAGGGCGGCAUUAUGCUUUCAUCUGUGAUACUGGUGGGGAUCAUGGGCACCAUAAAGACCGGAGGAUUGAGUAAAGUUUUUGAAUAUGCUUCUGAAGGUGGACGUUUGGAUUUGAAUUUUUCUAUCGAUCCACGCGUGCGUAUCACGGUGUGGAAUUCAAUGAUAUGUGGCGUUAUGAUGUGGACUGGUCAUGUGGGUCUAAAUCAGAGCUGUGUGCAACGUAUCGUCUCACUGCCUUCCUUAAAGCAUGCUCAAAAAGCGCUCUGGUUAAGUUGCCUUGGUUUCUUAGUCAUAAUGACCAUAAAUAUUUUUAUUGGCAUUGUGAUGUAUUCUUACUAUCAUGACUGUGAUCCCAUCAAAGCAGGGUUGGUGAAUAAACCUGAUAAAAUGGUGCCGUUCUUUGUGCAAGAUAUCAUAGGUCAUCUAAUUGGUAUGCCUGGUUUAUUCAUAUCUUGCGUCUUCAGCGCCGCACUCAGCUCCAUGUCCGCCAUGUUAAACUCCCUGGCCGGUGUGAUGUAUUUCGAUUACAUUAAGCCCCACAUGAAGAAACACCACACAGAAGAGCGUGCCAAUUUCAUAAUGAAGCUCAUUAUUAUCGCUAUGGGUUGCUAUUGUGUGGUUGGUGGUAUGAUGGUGGAACGUUUCGAUUCCAUACUACAACUGGUAAUAACUAUUACCGGUAUCAAUACCGGCUCUGUGGUAGGUGUUUUUUUACUGGGCAUGCUUGUACCCCGCACUAACGGCAAGGUGGCCGUGGCUUCAAUUAUUUUCAGUAUUUUAAGCAUGUUUUGGAUUAUUAUUAAUGGACAGAUGCGUGCUAAGGAAGGUGCCAUUCGUUAUACUCCGCUACCGUCAAACAUUGAAGGAUGUGCAGCACACAAUUUACAAGUCUUGACUAAAUCUAUCUCGAACACUACGAACGCCGUUAACUUACAUAUGCUCGCACAAGAAGUGGAAGAGCCAAAGGUCACAACAGCUUUUGGUAGUAAUCGUGAAUUUUCUAUAUACGAAAUUUCCUUUUAUUGGUACAAAGUUAUUGGAGUUUUACUUGUCUGGCUGUUGGCCAUUCCACUAAGCUAUAUUUGGCGGCGAGAUGAAGCCGAUAAAAUUAAUCCACAUCUCUUCGCGCCAUUCGUACAGCGUUUCUUAAAAGUAAGUAGGCCUUUGGAAAUGGAAGAGUACCCGCUGAAAACACCCGGUACAGCAGAGGAAAAGGAAACCAAUGGCGGUACAACAAUUCCGAUGCCAGAAAAAUUCGAAAAUAGCAAUAAAUAAAAUUAACUAGUAUAAUUAAUUGUCGUUUUAAUGUUAAAUAUUUUACUCUGCUAUUUCAAGUAAAAUGAUAUCGAAUUAAAAGUACUUUUUAGUAGCCUAAAGUCAGAACUUAAAAAAGGAUAGUAGAUAAGCAUCCACUCUGUGAAUACAUAUUUACAACUGCUAUAUAUUGUAUAUAUUUGGAUUUCAUAAUGAUAAAAUUUUGAGCAACUUUAUUUGCGAUCCAUACAUCAGUCGUGUACACGCUAAUGUUAUUAAUGAGAUGAAAAUCGGAUAGGCAAAUUUAAUCAGAUUAUUCUCUCUGCCCUAAACAAGGUUACUAUGCCGAAAAACACUCUUCACGGACUGUAAUUUCUGAAUGCUGAUAUUAGCUACGUAUCCUCACUUCUUCAGCGUGAUUUCAUAUACAUACAGAGGCUCUAAAUUUACUUAUCAACUAUUUAAGCUACAUAUGCCUAAUUGGGAAGUUGUUCCCAAAAAAAAAUACAAAAUUUAAAUAAAAUUCCUUUGUCUUUUUCUCCUUUGUAUAUUUAAACUCUUUAUUUACAAAAGAAAGAAAUGUGUAUAUUGUAUAUGUAUAAUUAAAUUGUACAGAUAUCUUAAGUGAUACGUUUGUUUACAGCUAAGCUAAAUUUAGUUGUUUUUUUGUUGUAGUUGUUACGGCUUAGUAGUUUUGACGAACUUUGUUUUCUCACUUCGGCUAAAAAUGUUUACGAAAAAAUAGAUUAUACCAAAUCCCAUACGACAAUUAAA